AUGCCAAAUUAUUACCCUCUCAAGGGCAAUUUUGAGGGGUCGCAUCCGGGCACCGAGCAGUGCUGGAGCGACCAUCGCCGCCCGAUUGACACGGCGCGUGGCGAAAUUGCCGAGUGGGUCCUGGUGGAUGGCACGCCUUCUACGUGCACUAAUAUUGGCCUCUUUACGCUGAAUGCGCUCCUGGGCACGCCGGACGCGCCACCUGCCACGCUGGUGGUUUCCGGUCCGAACUUUGGGCGCAAUACCGGCACGGCGUUCUCGGUAUCCUCGGGGACGCUCGGUGCGGCACUUGCGGGGUCGCUUGGCGGCGUGCGUGGUGUGGCAAUCAGCUACGGCCACUUUGCGUCCAACCCCCCUACGCUCGAACCGCGCGAGAAUGUGCCGAAACUGAGCAAGGAGGAGUGCACCGAGGUGACGGCGCUUGCAUGCAAAUACUGUGUAUCAAUUCUGCAACAGCUAUGGGACGGAUGGGCAAAGGACGCCCAGGUCCAGGUCUACUCGAUCAAUGUCCCCCUCUGUGAAACGCUGAAAGCGCCAAAGGUGUGCUGGACACGCAUUUGGCACAGCCAACAUGUGCAGCAAUAUCCCCUGCCUUCAGAGGGCCGCGAGGAUGCGGACCGUCUCCUCCCGCUUGGCGUGCCUAUCCAUGCGGUGCAGCAGGAGGCGAACGCGUCCUACCUCGACUUUCGCCCGAACCUCGCGCGGGCCAUGCGCCCGGUCGGCGACGAGCCGCUGGAAGAGGGGACCGAUGCAUGGGCCAUGUGCCAUGGCUAUAUCGGCAUCUCGCGGCUUGUCGCCUGUUUCGAGCAGGUGCGCUCCGACGACGUCGCUCCGCCCACAUGUCCCUUGUAG